ACAGCAUCUAGCAUUUAAAAACAUUCUGGAUGGCUUCACGGACUCCAGAGAUAUGACUACAAUACCCCUAGGACGAUGAAUUCCCGGUCGUCUUCCAUAUCUUUCCCAACUCCGCGGCUGCAGCAACAUCCAUCCUUCUCUGCCCGAUUGUCUGCUAUCAGUGUCGAGGAGGGCGAGGCGCAAGCUGCCCCAGGAGCUUCAGAACAUCAGAUAGAUGAAGAGAUUGAGGAGAUCAAGAGAUAUGAGGAUUUCACAACCAUAGAUUGGGUCCAAGACGCUGCAAGAGAACAACUACGACGGAAACUUAGACGGAAAGAGACAGCAGGCUUCUUCGAAAGAGGUGGGCACGCUGGAUGGAGAUACAGGCUUUGGGAGUCUUAUGAAGCAGCGCAGGGAUGGAUCGUGGUAACCUUGAUCGGUGCAGCCAUUGGUGUAAACGCGGCCUUUCUCAAUAUUAUUACGGAAUGGCUGUCAGAUGUAAAGUUGGGGUAUUGCGAAACUGCUUUCUACCUCAACGAGAGCUUCUGCUGUUGGGGAGAGGACAACGGUUGCGAUGAUUGGCACCGUUGGAGCUCUUUACCUCCACUCAAUUACUUCUUAUAUAUUAUGUUUGCUACAAUAUUUGCCCUAACAUCGGCAAGUCUCGUCAGAUCAUUUGCGCCCUACGCGGCCGGGUCUGGAAUCUCCGAAAUAAAAUGUAUCAUAGCCGGCUUCGUCAUGAAAGGCUUCCUUGGCUUCUGGACGUUGGUGAUCAAGUCCGUAGCCCUACCACUGGCCAUUGCCUCCGGAUUGUCGGUUGGAAAAGAAGGGCCCAGUGUCCAUUACGCUGUCUGUACUGGCAACGUCAUCUCCAGGCUGUUCGAAAAGUACAAGAGGAAUGCAUCGAAAACUCGGGAAAUCCUGAGUGCUUGUGCAGCUGCUGGAGUCGCAGUAGCUUUUGGAAGUCCCAUAGGAGGGGUACUAUUCUCACUGGAAGAAAUGUCGUCUUACUUUCCGCUGAAGACUGUGUGGAGAAGUUACUUUUGCGCCUUAGUUGCAACUGCUGUCCUGGCAGCGAUGAAUCCUUUUCGUACCGGCCAGCUAGUUAUGUUUCAGGUCCAUUACGAUCGGUCGUGGCAUUUUUUUGAGGUUGUAUUCUACAUUAUCAUCGGCAUAUUCGGAGGGCUUUAUGGAGCGUUCGUCAUCAAGUGGAACUUGAGAGCCCAGGCAUUUCGAAAGAAGUAUCUUACAAAGUACGCUAUUCUCGAAGCAACGUUGUUGGCGACUGGAACUGCCAUAAUUUGCUACCCGAAUAUGUUUUUGAGGAUUGAUAUGACAGAGAGCAUGGAGAUAUUGUUCUUGGAAUGUGAGGGUUCAGAAGACUACAAUGGUCUUUGCGACAGAGAAAACAGGUGGAAGAUGAUCAUCUCGUUGACGUUGGCAACAAUUAUACGAGUCUUCCUCGUUAUCAUCUCAUAUGGUUGCAAAGUACCGGCCGGUAUUUUCGUCCCGUCAAUGGCUAUUGGCGCAUCAUUUGGCAGGACAGUGGGAAUUCUGGUACAGGCGCUUCACGAGGCCUAUCCAAAUUCCGUCUUCUUCGCCGCUUGCCAGCCAGAUGUCCCCUGCAUCACACCAGGAACUUACGCUUUUCUCGGUGCUGGGGCAGCCUUGAGUGGAAUCAUGCACAUCACAGUCUCUGUGGUUGUCAUUAUGUUUGAGCUCACAGGGGCUCUAACCUAUAUCUUGCCUACAAUGAUUGUCGUCGGCGUCACCAAAGCAGUCGGCGAACUGUUCGGAAAAGGAGGAAUAGCGGACCGGAUGAUCUGGUUCAACGGCUUUCCCUUCCUGGACAACAAGGAGGACCACACCUUCGGUGUCCCUGUUUCGCAAGUCAUGACGAGCGAUGUGGUUGCAUUGCCAACCGCGGGGCUUAGCAUGAAGAACCUCGAGCAAUUACUGCGCGAGGACAAAUACCAAGGCUUCCCUAUUGUGGAAGACCGAACAUCUAAGAUACUAGUAGGAUAUAUCGGCCGCACCGAGCUUCGAUAUGCCAUCGAUCGAGUAAAGAAGGAUCGGUCGAUCAGUCCCACUGCAGUAUGCUACUUCACUCCGUCAACGACCCACGGUGCAUCCGCACCGAUUACUCCUGCAACGCCCGCCACCACCUUCGACGGAAUGGCCUCCUCGUCCGUUGAUUUCAGCCGCUUUAUCGACCCCACCCCCGUUACAGCGCAUCCCCGCCUUCCUCUCGAAACAGUCAUGGAACUCUUCCGCAAAAUCGGACCACGAGUGAUCCUUAUUGAGUACCACGGCAAGUUGACUGGCCUUGUGACUGUCAAGGAUUGCCUGAAAUAUCAGUUCAAGGUGGAAGCCAGUGAGAAUCCGAGAGAUGAUAGGCAGAUAAUUGAGAGCCAGGAGCGGCUUUGGGGCGUGUUGAAGAAGAGCGCGAUAUGGGUAUCAGAUCAGGUAAACCAUGUGAGCAGAGGGAGGAUUAGAAUUAACGGGAGUCACGAAGACUUGGUGACUUCCCCACUUCGCGGCGCAGGUCCAACGUCAUAUAUGAUGGAUGGAACGGAGGAUGUGGAUGACGGGGUAGAGUUAGAGGAUAGGUAGCAUUACUGUCUGAAUAGAAGAUCACGUAAACUCA